AAGGGGAUACUCCUUUAUGGGCCUCCUGGAACGGGAAAGACACAUCUCACGCGAUCGAUCGCCAAAGAAUCUGGGGCAUCCAUGCUUUGCGUUGACGGUGCAAGUUUACUAUCCAAGUAUGUUGGGGAAAUCGAAAAGAACAUCAAGGCAGCAUUCACCUUGGCCACAAAGUUGCAUCCCUGCGUCCUCUUCAUUGACGAAGUGGACUCUCUGUUUUACGAUCGCGGCAUGGCAAGAAGGACCUGGGAGAGAAGCGCCGUGACACAAUUCCUCAUGCAGAUGGAUGGGUUAGCACAGAACGACAAGGCGCCUUGUGUUAUUCUCGCUACUAAUCGCCCCAAUUCCCUCGACAAUGCUUUCCUACGUCGCCUGCCACAGAAGAUUCCAAUAGGGCUUCCAGAUAUGAAGUCCCGAUCCGAUAUAUUGAGAGUGCUUCUCGAGGGUGAAGAGUUGGAACCGUUGGUUAACAUGGACUCUUUGGCCCGGGAAACAGAAGGUUACUCGGGGUCUGACCUACGCAGUCUGUGUGCAGAGGCGGCGCUCAUCUGGGCUAUUGAGAACAGCAAGAAAGGCCGUGAGAAUGAUUCAUCUGAUGGACCAGAUAAGAUGCGUCUUGGUUUAACACAUUUUGCCAAGGGGCUACAGAGGAUCCGGCCAAGCGUUUUGAAGAAGGACCUGUUGGAGCUUGAGUCUUUUAGAAAGAGGUUCAACCCCCACUGCAUUGGAUGA